AUGCCCGACAAAAGGAUGAGGUGCAGUAACCUCACCAACCCUUCUGAACACAGUGUUGUGUCAGUAAAGGACAGAAUCAGUCAAAGGAGAAAGAGGAAGAUCAGUGUAGAUGCCAGACCUCCUGAAAAGAAGAGAAGGUGUAGCAUCAGAAACAGCUCCAACUCCAGUAGUAGUGACAGCGGAGUGUCCCGGUUCUGUCUGCUCAGUGAUACUGAAUCCUCCUCUUCAUCAGCAGACAUCAGCUACAACACCAGCAGUGCCUCAUCCGAGGAGGAGAGAAUCUUUGAGUUGGCCUCCUCACUAAACACAAGCAGAGCUGAUUUCGUGAACAAGUACUGCGAGUUGGAUCCGAUCGGCAAGGGAGGCUUCGGCUCAGUGCGCGCUGGCUUCCGUAAAUCAGACCAUCAACCAGUUGCCAUCAAGCACAUUCCCAUCAGGGCUGUGAGAUUAGAAGAAGUUAAAUGCAAUGGGAAGGUGUUCGACAUCGUUCUGGAGGUGGCACUGAUGCUGAAAGCCACAGGUCUACCAGGAUCCAUUGGACAGUCCACUGCUGUGUCUCUUCUGGACUGGUAUGAUCUGGGUCACGAGAUAAUACUGGUCAUGGAAAGACCGGAGAACUGCAUGGACCUCCUCAGCUACCUAAAAUCUCGUGGAGGUUACCUGGAUGAACAUGAGGCAAAGAUGAUCCUGAGACAGCUGGUGGACGCAGCCAUCGACAUGCACUCAAAGGGUGUCUUUCACCGGGACAUAAAGUUGCAGAACGUCCUGGUGCAGUUGAACGGUGGAGAACCCAAAGUGCGUAUCAUCGACUUCGGCUGUGGCAGCUUCUCCACUGAGGCGUCUUACACUACUUUUUGUGGUACCCGUGCAUACUUCCCUCCCGAGUGGUUUGACGAUCACAAAUACAGGGCCUGUCCCACCACUGUUUGGCAGCUUGGAGCGCUAUUUUAUACAUUGCUGUGUGGACAUAGGACCUUUACCACCAUGAGCUUCAUGAGCAAACACGUUCAGUUCGACAGAGCACUGUCCAAUGAGGUCAAGAUCUUGGUGUAUAUGUGUCUGAUCAGAGACCCUGAGUUGCGAGCCACUCUGAAGGAGCUACAGAUGCACUCUGCGCUCAACUAAGUAUCCGCAAAUCCAAGUCAAGUCAACUUUGAUUUUACGGUACUGAAAAACUCGUAAUGGACUGUUCAAUUUGUCAUGUGCAACCUCAACUCUCAAAUAAAGUAAGAAGCUUCUCCAUCACUGAUUGUAAUUUUUGAAGAGCACUAUUUUCACUGCAGUCUAAAAUCAUCACAUUUGUGACCUGAGUCAGACUCAGUUUCAAGUUAUGUGACCUGAGGGCACAUCUCUGAAGAACACUGUAUCUGAUGUUGUACUGUACUGCAAAUAAAUGAAUCAUCAUUUGAGCUGCUGCAAUGGUCUGAAUUUUCCCCAAAAUAUUCAGGUAAAACAUCAGUGCUUUAAGGUGAUGAAUGGUAUACAGAUGACUCAUUUGUGGGAUGCUUACAUUUACAUGUAGGACUUGCAAAAUACAAAAAUUGCAAAGAACAGGACACUGCUUGAUGAUUUUUAUAAUUUCUAAAUCUGAUUUCUUUCACUCAUGCAAAAAGAAAAGUGCAUUGUCAGCACUUCUUGCUCAGCAUAUCUACAGUAUGUGAAGAAACACACGUCUUGAGAGACAAAUGGGACAAGUAUGACCUUACAGGUUCCUAAUUCAAAGUGUUUCUUAAUUACCAACAGAACAAGUGUGAUAACACUGAAUCACUGAAUCCAGUGGAACAUUUCUGUAACAACUACUCCCGCAGCUGUACAGAGUAGUAAUCGAAUUAAAAUAGAUUAUGACUAAACAGUAGUAA